GAUACCAUUCAUCUUGAGCAGAGCAGGUACUUGAUCACCAUGGGGACCACAAGGAUGUCCCAGAUAUGGAUGCUGAGAUGGGCUGUAUUACUAAUAGGGCUGCAGUCAACAAAAGCUGACUAUAUGGGAGAUGUUGGAAGUAUGGAACAUAUGGACAAUGGCUGGCAAACAACAGUGUUUCCCACCCCGACUGUGAUGAUAACUACAGCCGGACCAGAUCCUCGUCAUCUCUCCACAAUCUGCAGCACAUGGGGAAAUUUCCACUUCAAGACAUUCGAUGGUCAUUUCUUUCAAAUGGCUGACACAUGUGACUACGUUCUGGCGGUGAUGUGCGACACAGCUGCUUCUGAUUUUAACAUCCAAAUGCAAAGAAAGAUUGUGAAUGGCUCAGCCACUUUUAAGUCAGUCACUAUACAGCUGCAGGGGACGGUUAUCAAACUCAGUGAUGGCAAAAUACUCAUGGACGACCAAGAGUUAUCUAUUCCAACCUUUGAACAUGGAAUUAAAAUUGAGGGAAGCUCAUCAAGUGUAAAGAUUUCUAAACAAAAUGGAGUCACUAUCUUUUGGGAAGAGGCGCAGUCUUUACUGAUUGAACUUCCUGAAAAAUACAGAGGUCAGACUUGCGGACUUUGUGGAAACUUCAAUGGCAACCAAGACGAUGAUAUUAGUUAUGAUCUGGCCGCAUGGAAGGUGGCUACAGUAGAAUCCUGUGAAGAUGUCACACUCCCCCAAAACGAUCAGUGUAAAAGCAAGGGACACGCUUGUCAGAAGUAUCUCAGCAGUUCAGGGUUAUAUGACUGUCGCCAUGUGUUGGACUUAAGUUACUUUGAGAAAGCCUGCGCAGAUGACCUGUGUCAGUGUCACGGCAACCAGGACUGUAUCUGCAACACACUUACAGAAAUAUCACGACAGUGCACACAUGCUGGUGGCAAGCCGGGAACAUGGAGAACAGAGAGUCUAUGUCCAAAGACAUGUCCACUAAACAUGGUAUACAUGGAGUGUGCUGGCCCAUGCAAAAAUACCUGCUCGGAUCCAGGUGGAAGUCCGCAGUGUACAGAACACUGUGUAGAUGGCUGUUUCUGCCCUGAGGGCACUGUGGAAGACAACAUUGGUAACAGUGGUUGCAUUCCUAUAAACAAAUGCCCAUGUAUGCACGAUGGCACAAUAUACCAGACUGGAGAGUCAUACGAGCAAGCAUGUAAACAAUGCGAGUGUGAUGCUGGACACUGGAGUUGCACGGAUCUGGAAUGUCCUGGAAUCUGCUCUGUUCUGGGAGGCUCUCACAUCACCACCUAUGAUGGAAAAACCUUCAGCUUUAAUGGCAACUGUGACUACAUCCUCACUAAGCACUCUAAUGACAGUGACAUCGCUGUUAUUGGAAAUCUGGCAAAGUGUGAUUUGAUGAGAACAGGCACGUGUUUGAAUUCUGUUACCAUUGUCAUCUCCGGGACCACUAUUAGUUUUUCAUCCAGCGGGACUGUCACACUAAACGGAAACAGCCCAUAUGGUCUUCCAGUUUCCACAGAACACGUAGUCAUCUUUCAGCCCUCUUCUUCCUUCAUUAUCGCUGAUAUGAAGAGUCUUCGUCUGGAGAUUCAACUCUCUCCAAUCAUGCAGUUGUACAUUGUAGCCAGCACUACAGAGAAAGGCAAAAUGAGUGGUCUGUGUGGGAACUAUAACGAUAUCCAGAAAGAUGACUUUAAAACAGCUUCAGGCAUUAUUGAAGGAACACCAACAACCUUUGUCAACUUUUGGAAAAAAAACCUAUACGGUUGUUCAGAUGUUGAAAACACAUUUGACAACCCCUGCAGUCUAAGUGUGGAAACAGAGAAACUUGCAAAAGACUGGUGCUCGACUCUCACAAACCCAAAUGGAACCUUCUCCUCUUGUCAUUCAGAAAUAUGUCCAGAAAAAUAUUAUACAAACUGUGUUUAUGACACCUGUAAGUGUGCUGAUGUCGGCAACUGUUACUGUGCGGCCCUCUCCGCCUAUGCCCAUGCAUGUGCCGCAAGAGGGAUCAUUCUUCAGGGCUGGCUGGAUUCGUACCCCUGUGACAAAGUGUCUGAGUGUUCAGACCAUAUGAAGUACUCCUACAGCGUGACCAGUUGUAGCAACACCUGCCGUUCUCUCAGUGGAAAGGACCACACCUGCAAAGUGUUUACACCUGUUGAAGGCUGCAUUUGUCCUGAGGAUACCUAUCUUAACGAUGCAGGCAGCUGUGUUCAUGCUAACCAGUGCCCUUGUUUCUAUGGCAACCAGGUCAUAGACCCAUCAGGAUCUUUAAACAUAGAUGGUUUUAAAUGCUCCUGCACUCAUGGCAAGUUACACUGCUCCAGUCAUCAAGACUGUGAUGAUCCAAUGGUCUAUUUCAACUGCUCCGGUGAACCUGGACAAAAAGGCACAGAGUGUCAGAGGACAUGCCAGAACCAAGACCCAAACAACUGUGUGAGCACAGGGUGUGUAUCAGGUUGUAUGUGCCCAGAUGGCUUUCUGGCUGAUGGUAAUGGUGAAUGUGUGAAGAAGCAAGACUGCAAGUGUACCCACAACGGAGUAAACUACUCACCUGGGGACCAGGUCCAACAAGACUGUAACAACUGCACAUGCAAAAAUGGUAUGUGGGCUUGUACAGAAAAUGAAUGUUACGGCACCUGUACCAUCUAUGGUGAAGGUCAUUUUAGGACUUUUGACGGCAAGAGAUAUUCUUACUACGGAACUUGCCAAUACAUCUUGGCACAGGAUCACUGUGAUGUACAGAGCAGUCCCUCUUUCAGCCUUGUAACUGAGAACAUCCCAUGUGAAAGCACCAACUCCAUUUGCUCCACAUUCAUCAGUCUGGUUUUUGGGAGAUACACAAUAAUCUUAGGAUCUGAAGAUAAGGUCAAAGUUGUUGAAGGAAAUGGAACUGAUCACAAAUAUCAAAUCUAUUCUGCUGGGAUAUAUACUGUCAUAGAGGUAGAAAAGAUGUUAAACUUAAUCUGGGAUGGCAAAACAAGCCUUAUGCUUCAACUCCAUCAGAAUCUAAAGGGCGAAGUGUGUGGACUGUGUGGAAACUUUGACGGCAACGCCAAUAAUGACAUUAUGAAAAAAGAUGGAGAAGAGGUCACUGAUGUGGUGGUGUUUGGAAAUAGCUGGAAAGUGAGUGCAAGCUGCCCAGAAGUGAACAGUUUGAUAGACCCUUGUGAGAAAAACCCUCAACGGAUUGCCUGGGCUCAUAAGAAAUGCAGCCACAUUACAAGCGAUGUCUUUACGGAUUGCCAUUCACUAGUGGACUCUGCCCCAUACUACGAUGCCUGUGUGAGGGACACCUGUGCAUGUGAUUCUGGGGGAGAUUGUGAUUGUUUGUGUACAGCAGUGUCUGCUUAUGCUGCUGAAUGCCGUAAAAGGGGAGCUUGCGUGACAUGGCGCAGCCAAGAAUUUUGUCCUUUAUUCUGUGACUACUACAAUGAUAAUGAAGAAUGUGUGUGGCGCUAUGAAAACUGUAGCUCAACCUGCAUGAAAACCUGCAAAAACCGAUUAGGAGAAUGCUCUAAAAAUGCAAAACAAAUACCUCGUCUUGAAGGAUGUUUCCCUCAGUGCCCUUCAGACAGGCCAUAUUUCAGGGAGGACAUUAUGAAAUGUGUUCCGGAGAAAACAUGUAACUAUUGUUUAUAUGACAAUAAGAUCUAUCCCCCUGGAACUGUAGUUUACAACACCACAGAUGGAAGUGAUACUUGUUUCAGUGGGACAUGUUCAUCAAAUGGGGAAAUUGAAAGACAUAUUUUUAAAUGCAUACAUACAACAACUCCCACACCUUUCACUUUUUCAACCGCAACUGUCACCACUACACCCACAACAACAAAGACAUCUACCAGCACAACAACAGAACCACCAACAACUACUACCACAACAACUACUGAAACACCCACAACAACAGAGACACCCACAACAACAGAGACACCCACAACAACAGAGACACCCACAACAACAGAGACACCAACAACAACAACCACUCCUAUAACAACAACUACUGAAACACCAACACCAGAGACAACAACAUCCACAACCACACCUACAACAACUACUACGGAAACACAAACCCCCACAGCAACAGAAACAACAACGUCCACAAUGACUACUACUUCUACAACAACAAUUAUUACUGAAACACCAACACCCUGUUACCCCAACAUCUGUAACUGGUCACCCUGGAUUGACAGCAACCCACGCAGUACAGAACCCCAUGGGUUUGAAACAGAAUCCAUCAGUAAAUUGUGGAAAUCAGAAAAAAUUUCCUGUCAGAACCCUGAAGAUAUUGAAUGUAGAGCAGUAGAUUAUCCAGGACAAUCCUUGGAAUCAUUAGGACAAAAAGUGUAUUGCAAUACAUCCUUUGGACUGACAUGUUCAAAUAGAGAAAAUUUAAAUUUAAACAGCAUACCACCACUCUGUUAUAAUUAUGAAAUACGUGUAAAAUGUUGUAAUUCUUGCACAACAACAAAUACACCAAUGUCCACAACCACCACCACUACUACCACAACAACUACUGAAACACCAACACCCACAGCAACAGAGACAACACCAUCCACAACCACUCCUACAACAACUACUGUAACACCAACACCCACAGGACCAGAGACAUCAACGUCCACAGCCCCUACUACCACAACAACUACUGAAACACCAACACCCACAACAACAGAGACACCAACGACAACAUCAACUACUGAAACACCAGAGACAACAACAUUCACAACCACUCCUACAACAACUACUGAAACACCAACACCCAUAACACCAGAGACAACAAUACCCACAACCACUCCUGCAACAACAACAACAACUACUACUACUGAAACACCAACACCCACAACACCAGAGACAACAACAUCCACAACCACUCCUACAACAACUACUGUAACACCAACACCCACAGCAACAGAGACAACAUCCAUAAUCACUCCUAUAACAACAACUACUGAAACACCAACACCAGAGACAACAACAUCCACAACCACUCAUACAACAACUACUCUAACACCAACACCCACAGGACCAGAGACAUCAACAUCCACAACCACCACUACUAUCACAACAACUACUGAAACACCAACACCCACAGCAACAGAGACAACACCAUCCACAACCACUCAUCCAACAACUACUGUAACACCAACACCCACAGGACCGGAGACAUCAACGUCCACAACCACCACUACUACCACAACAACUACUGAAACACCAACACCCACAGCAACAGAGACAACACCAUCCACAACCACUCCUACAACAACUGAAACACCAACCCCCACAGCAACAGAAACAACAACAUCCACAAUGACUACUACUUCUAAAACAACGACUACUGAAACUCCAACACCCUGUUACCCCAACAUAUGUAAUUGGUCACCAUGGAUUGACAGCAACCCACGCAGUACAGAACCCUAUGGGUUUGAAAUAGAAUCCAUCAAUAAAUUGUGGAAAUCAGAAAAAAUUUCCUGUCAGAACCCUGAAGAUAUUGAAUGUAGAGCAGUAGAUUAUCCAGGACAAUCCUUGGAAUCUUUGGGACAAAAAGUGUAUUGCAAUACAUCCUUUGGAUUGACAUGUUCAAAUAGAGAAAAUUUAAAUUUAAACAGCAUACCACCACUCUGUUAUAAUUAUGAAAUACGUGUAAAAUGUUGUAAUUCUUGCACAACAACAGAGACACCAAUGUCCACAACCACCACUACUACCACAACAACUACGGAAACACCAACACCCACAACAACAGAGACACCAACGACAACAACCACUUCUACUACAACAACUACUGAAACACCAACACCCACAACACCAGAGACAACAACAUCCACAACCACUCCUACAACAACUACUGUAACACCCACAGCAACAGAGACAACAAUGUCCACAACCGCUUAUACAACAAUAACUACUGAAACACCAACACCCACAGGACCAGAGACAUCAACGUCCACAACCACCACUACUACCACAACUACUACUGAAACACCCACAGCAACAGAGACAACACCAUCAACAACCACUCCUACAACAACUACUGUUACACCAACACCCACAGGACCAGAGACACCAACGACAACAACCACUCAUACAACAACAACUACUGAAACUCCAACACCAGAGACAACAACAUCCACAACCACUCCUACAACAACUACUCUAACACCAACACCCACAGGACCAGAGACAUCAACGUCCACAACCACCACUACUACCACAACAACUACUGAAACACCAACACCCACAGCAACAGAGACAACACCAUCCACAACCACUCCUACAACAACUACUGUAACACCAACACCCACAGGACCAGAGACAUCAACGUCCACAACCCCUACUACCACAACAACUACUGAAACACCAACACCCACAGCAACAGAGACAACACCAUCCACAACAACUCCUACAACAACUACUGUAACACCAACACCCACAGGACCAGAGACAUCAACAUCCACAACCACUACUACCACAACAACUACUGAAACACCAACACCCACAGCAACAGAGACAACACCAUCCACAACCACUCCUACAACAACUACUGUAACACCAACACCCACAGGACCAGAGACAUCAACGUCCACAACCCCUACUACCACAACAACUACUGAAACACCAACACCCACAGCAACAGAGACAACACCAUCCACAACAACUCCUACAACAACUACUGUAACACCAACACCCACAGGACCAGAGACAUCAACAUCCACAACCACUACUACCACAACAACUACUGAAACACCAACACCCACAGCAACAGAGACAACACCAUCCACAACCACUCCUACAACAACUACUGUAACACCAACACCCACAGGACCAGAGACAUCAACGUCCACAACCCCUACUACCACAACAACUACUGAAACACCAACACCCACAGCAACAGAGACAACACCAUCCACAACAACUCCUACAACAACUACUGUAACACCAACACCCACAGGACCAGAGACAUCAACAUCCACAACCACUACUACCACAACAACUACUGAAACACCAACACCCACAGCAACAGAGACAACACCAUCCACAACCACUCCUACAACAACUACUGUAACACCAACACCCACAGGACCAGAGACAUCAACGUCCACAACCCCUACUACCACAACAACUACUGAAACACCAACACCCACAGCAACAGAGACAACACCAUCCACAACAACUCCUACAACAACUACUGUAACACCAACACCCACAGGACCAGAGACAUCAACAUCCACAACCACUACUACCACAACAACUACUGAAACACCAACACCCACAGCAACAGAGACAACACCAUCCACAACCACUCCUACAAAAACUACUGUAACACCAACACCCACAGGACCAGAGACAUCAACGUCCACAACCCCUACUACCACAACAACUACUGAAACACCAACACCCACAGCAACAGAGACAACACCAUCCACAACCACUCCUACAACAACUACUGUAACACCAACACCUACAGGACCAGAGACAUCAACGUCCACAACCACUACUACCACAACAACUACUGAAACACCAACACCAGAGACAACAUCCACAACCACUCCUACAACAACUACUGAAACACCAACCCCCACAGCAACAGAAACAAAAACAUCUACAAUAACUACUACUUCUACAACAACGACUACUGAAACACCAACACCAUGUUACCCCAACAUCUGUAAGUGGUCACCCUGGAUUGACAGCAACCCACGCAGUACAGAACCAUAUGGGUUUGAAACAGAAUCCAUCAAUGAAUUGUGGAAAUCAGAAAAAAUUUCCUGUCAGAUCCCAGAAGAUAUUGAAUGUAGAGCAGUAGAUUAUCCAGGACAAUCAUUGGAAUCUUUGGGACAAAAAGUGUAUUGCAAUACAUCCUUUGGACUGACAUGUUCAAAUAGAGAAAAUUUAAAUUUAAACAGCAUACCACCACUCUGUUAUAAUUAUGAAAUACGUGUAAAAUGUUGUAAUUCUUGCACAACAACAAAUACACCAAUGUCCACAACCACCACCACUACUACCACAACAACUACUGAAACACCAACACCCACAGCAACAGAGACAACACCAUCCACAACCACUCCUACAACAACUACUGUAACACCAACACCCACAGGACCAGAGACAUCAACGUCCACAGCCCCUACUACCACAACAACUACUGAAACACCAACACCCACAGCAACAGAGACAACACCAUCCACAACCACUCCUACAACAACUACUGUAACACCAACACCCACAGGACCAGAGACAUCAACAUCCACAGCCCCUACUACCACAACAACUACUGAAACACCAACACCCACAGCAACAGAGACAACACCAUCAACAACCACUCCUACAACAACUACUGUAACACCAACACCCACAGGACCAGAGACAUCAACGUCCACAACUACCACUACUACCACAACAACUACUGAAACACCAACACCCACAGCAACAGAGACAACACCAUCCACAACCACUCCUACAACAACUACUGUAACACCAACACCCACAGGACCAGAGACAUCAACGUCCACAGCCCCUACUACCACAACAACUUCUGAAACACCAACACCAGAGUUAACAACAUCCACAACCACUCCUACAACAACUACUCUAACACCAACACCCACAGGACCAGAGACAUCAACGUCCACAACCCCUACUACCACAACAACUACUGAAACACCAACACCCACAGCAACAGAGACAACACCAUCCACAACCACUCCUACAACAACUACUGUGACACCAACACCCACAGGACCAGAGACAUCAACGUCCACAACCCCUACUACCACAACAACUACUGAAACACCAACACCCACAGCAACAGAGACAACAUCAUCCACAACCACUCCUACAACAACUACUGUAACACCAACACCCACAGGACCAGAGACAUCAACGUCCACAACCACUACUACCACAACAACUACUGAAACACCAACACCAGAGUCAACAACAUCCACAACCACUCCUACAACAACUACUGUAACACCAACACCCACAGGACCAGAGACAUCAACGUCCACAACCCCUACUACCACAACAACUACUGAAACACCAACACCCACAGCAACAGAGACAACAUCAUCCACAAGCACUCCUACAACAACUACUGUAACACCAACACCCACAGGACCAGAGACAUCAACAUCCACAACCACUACUACCACAACAACUACUGAAACACCAACACCAGAGUCAACAACAUCCACAACCACUCCUACAACAACUACUCUAACACCAACACCCACAGGACCAGAGACAUCAACGUCCACAACCACCACUACUACCACAACAACUACUGAAACACCAACACCCACAGCAACAGAGACAACACCAUCCACAACCACUCCUGCAACAACUACUGUAACACCAACACCCACAGGACCAGAGACAUCAACGUCCACAACCCCUACUACUACCACAACAACUACUGAAACACCCACAGCAACAGAGACAACACCAUCCACAACCACUCCUACAACAACUACUGUAACACCAACACCUACAGGACCAGAGACAUCAACGUCCACAACCACUACUACCACAACAACUACUGAAACACCAACACCAGAGACAACAUCCACAACCCCUCCUACAACAACUACUGAAACACCAACCCCCACAGCAACAGAAACAAAAACAUCUACAAUAACUACUACUUCUACAACAACGACUACUGAAACACCAACACCAUGUUACCCCAACAUUUGUAAGUGGUCACCCUGGAUUGACAGCAACCCACGCAGUACAGAACCAUAUGGGUUUGAAACAGAAUCCAUCAAUGAAUUGUGGAAAUCAGAAAAAAUUUCCUGUCAGAACCCAGAAGAUAUUGAAUGUAGAGCAGUAGAUUAUCCAGGACAAUCAUUGGAAUCUUUGGGACAAAAAGUGUAUUGCAAUACAUCCUUUGGAUUGACAUGUUCAAAUAGAGAAAAUUUAAAUUUAAACAGCAUACCACCACUCUGUUAUAAUUAUGAAAUACGUGUAAAAUGUUGUAAUUCUUGCACAACAACAAAUACACCAAUGUCCACAACCACCACCACUACUACCACAACAACUACUGAAACACCAACACCCACAGCAACAGAGACAACACCAUCCACAACCACUCCUACAACAACUAUUGUAACACCAACACCCACAGGACCACAGAAAUCAACGUCCACAGCCCCUACUACCACAACAACUACUGAAACACCAACACCCACAGCAACAGAGACAACACCAUCCACAACCACUCCUACAACAACUACUGUAACACCAACACCCACAGGACCAGAGACAUCAACAUCCACAGCCCCUACUACCACAACAACUACUGAAACACCAACACCCACAGCAACAGAGACAACACCAUCAACAACCACCACUACUACCACAACAACUACUGAAACACCAACACCCACAGCAACAGAGACAACACCAUCCACAACCACUCCUACAACAACUACUGUAACACCAACACCCACAGGACCAGAGACAUCAACGUCCACAGCCCCUACUACCACAACAACUACUGAAACACCAACACCCACAGCAACAGAGACAACACCAUCCACAACCACUCCUACAACCACUACUGUAACACCAACACCCACAGCAACAGAGACAACAUCAUCCACAACCACUCCUACAACAACUACUGUAACACCAACACCCACAGGACCAGAGACAUCAACGUCCACAACCACUACUACCACAACAACUUCUGAAACACCAACACCAGAGUCAACAACAUCCACAACCACUCCUACAACAACUACUCUAACACCAACACCCACAGGACCAGAUACAUCAACGUCCACAACCACUACUACCACAACAACUACUGAAACACCAACACCCACAGCAACAGAGACAACAUCAUCCACAACCACUCCUACAACAACUACUGUAACACCAACACCCACAGGACCAGAGACAUCAACGUCCACAACCACUACUACCACAACAACUUCUGAAACACCAACACCAGAGUCAACAACAUCCACAACCACUCCUACAACAACUACUCUAACACCAACACCCACAGGACCAGAUACAUCAACGUCCACAACCACUACUACCACAACAACUUCUGAAACACCAACACCAGAGUCAACAACAUCCACAACCACUCCUACAACAACUACUCUAACACCAACACCCACAGGACCAGAGACAUCAACGUCCACAACCACCACUACUACCACAACAACAACUACUGAAACACCAACACCCACAGCAACAGAGACAACACCAUCCACAACCACUCCUACAACAACUACUGUAACACCAACACCCACAAGACCAGAGACAUCAACGUCCACAACCCCUACUACCACAACAACUACUGAAACACCAACACCCACAGCAACAGAGACAACACCAUCCACAACCACUCCUACAACAACUACUGUAACACCAACACCCACAGGACCAGAGACAUCAACGUCCACAGCCCCUACUACCACAACAACUACUGAAACACCAACACCCACAGCAACAGAGACAACAUCAUCCACAACCACUCCUACAACAACUACUGUAACACCAACACCCACAGGACCAGAGACAUCAACGUCCACAACCACUACUACCACAACAACUUCUGAAACACCAACACCAGAGUCAACAACAUCCACAACCACUCCUACAACAACUACUCUAACACCAACACCCACAGGACCAGAGACAUCAACGUCCACAACCACUACUACCACAACAACUUCUGAAACACCAACACCAGAGUCAACAACAUCCACAACCACUCCUACAACAACUACUCUAACACCAACACCCACAGGACCAGAGACAUCAACGUCCACAACCACCACUACUACCACAACAACAACUACUGAAACACCAACACCCACAGCAACAGAGACAACACCAUCCACAACCACUCCUACAACAACUACUGAAACACCAACCCCCACAGCAACAGAGACACCAACGACAACAACCACUACUACAACAACAACUACUGAAACACCAACCCCCACAGCAACAGAGACAACAACAUCCACAACCACUACUACAACAACAACUACUGAAACACCAACCCCCACAGCAACAGAGACAACAACAUCUAAAAUAACUACUACUUCUACAACAACGACUACUGAAACACCAACACCAUGUUACCCCAACAUCUGUAAGUGGUCACCCUGGAUUGACAGCAACCCACGCAGUACAGAACCAUAUGGGUUUGAAACAGAAUCCAUCAAUGAAUUGUGGAAAUCAGAAAAAAUUUCCUGUCAGAACCCAGAAGAUAUUGAAUGUAGAGCAGUAGAUUAUCCAGGACAAUCCUUGGAAUCUUUGGGACAAAAAGUGUAUUGCAAUACAUCCUUUGGACUGACAUGUUCAAAUAGAGAAAAUUUAAAUUUAAACAGCAUACCACCACUCUGUUAUAAUUAUGAAAUACGUGUAAAAUGUUGUAAUUCUUGCACAACAACAAAUACACCAAUGUCCACAACCACCACCACUACUACCACAACAACUACUGAAACACCAACACCCACAGCAACAGAGACAACACCAUCCACAACCACUCCUACAACAACUAUUGUAACACCAACACCCACAGGACCAGAGACAUCAACGUCCACAGCCCCUACUACCACAACAACUACUGAAACACCAACACCCACAGCAACAGAGACAACACCAUCCACAACCACUCCUACAACAACUACUGUAACACCAACACCCACAGGACCAGAGACAUCAACAUCCACAGCCCCUACUACCACAACAACUACUGAAACACCAACACCCACAGCAACAGAGACAACACCAUCCACAACCACUCCUACAACAACUACUGUAACACCAACACCCACAGGACCAGAGACAUCAACAUCCACAACCACUACUACCACAACAACUACUGAAACACCAACACCAGAGACAACAACAUCCACAACCACUCCUACAACAACAACUACUGUAACACCAACAACACCAGAGGCAACAACAUCCACAACACCAGAGACAACAACAUCAACAACAACCACUCCUUCAACAACAACUACUGAAACACCAACCUCAACAACACCAGAGACAACAACAUCCACAACCACUCCUACAACAACUACUGAAACACCAACACCCACAACAACAGAGACAGCAACAACAACAACCAUUACUAUGACAACAACUACUGUAACACCAACACCAACAGAGACACCAACGACAACAACAACAACUACUACCACAACAACUACUGAAACACCAACACCUACAGCAAAAAAGACACCAACCACAACCCCAUUCAUUAUACAUACACAUUCAACAACCCCCCAAAUAACACACCAUCAAGUUUGCAGCUGCACAUACUUGAAUGAAACUUUCCUACCAAACUCUAUGAUCUACAAUGUAACAGACAAAGCGGGUUGGUGCUUCUUUGCUCUUUGCAACGCCUCUUGUGAUAUUGUUAUAUGGACUAAACCAUGUUACUCUACCACCCCUCAACCACCUCCAAAAAACUGUGAAAACAACCAUAAGCAUGGGGAUUCAUGGAUAGAAGAUUGUAAGAACAAAACCUGUAUUAAUGGCAAUAUUAAGGUUCAACCUCUACCGUGUGAGCCAUCCAGUAUACCUCAAUGUGCAAAUGGUCUAAAUCCUGUGUUUUAUGACAGCUGCUGCCCCAAAUAUGAGUGCCCAUGUCAAUGCUAUGGCUGGGGUGACCCUCACUUCGUAACUUUUGAUGGAAAAUACUACGAUUUUCAAGGAAACUGUACCUAUGUGUUGGUGCAAGAAAUUAUCCCAAAAUACAACAUCAGUAUCCAUGUGAAAAACUAUUACUGUGAUGUUAAAAACCAUCUAGCUUGCCCUGAGUAUAUAACCGUAUAUUACAAAUCCCAUACCGUCAAGAUUACUAACACAGAAGUGAUAGAGGUCUAUGUUGAUGGUGAUAAAAAACAACUUACAUAUGCAAACGAAGCCUUCAUUAUCACCUCAUCCGGUAUGGCAGUGAUUUUGAAAAUCGCUGAAAUCAAAGCAGAAGUUCAAGUUACUCGCAAGGGUUUUUCAGUGACCCUCCCAUUCUCUUACUUUCAUGGUAAUACAGAGGGACAGUGUGGUGUUUGUGACAACAGUACCUUAAAUGACUGCAGACUUCCUAAUGGAACAAUUCACCAAUCGUGUGAGUACAUGGCAGGAUUGUGGGCAGUACAACCAAACUGCACAACCCCACCACCUCAACCAAAGCCUCCAACUCCCGACUGCAAACCAAAAAUAUGUGAUGUCAUCAAGAGCAACUUGUUCAAAAGCUGUCAUCAGUUCGUUCCUCCAGAGGGCUUUUAUCAGGCAUGCAAAUAUGAUGUGUGCCACAUGAAUGAUACAUCUAUUGGGUGUCAGAGCGUGGAGGCCUACGCAAAGUUGUGUGGUCAGCAGUCUGCUUGUAUCGACUGGAGAAAUUCUGCAGAUCUUAAAGGACAAUGUGCAUAUAAAUGCCCCAGUAACAAGGUAUACAAGGCUUGUGGGCCUAAAGUGGAAAAAACCUGCAGUACAUGGUACAAUGAUAAAAUUGCAAAGGAUGAAUGCCAUAAUAAAGACUGCAGUGCAGAGGUCAUGGAAGGCUGUUUCUGUCCUAAUAACACAUAUCUGGUUAGUUCGAUGACAGAUGAAUGCACACCUUACUGCGAUUGCAUUGACUCUGAUGGGAUAUCUAGAAAGCCCGGAGAGACGUGGAAUUCAAGCUGUAAUACGUAUACAUGCUCCAGUGAGAGCUUUGGUAUUGUGUCAGAACCUAUGAAGUGUCCAAAUAUAACCUGUCCUAAUGGGUACAAAUCAGUUAUUGAAAACUGCUGCCCAACUUGCGUUUGUGAUACUCAGAAGUGUUUUGAGAAGAGAUGUGAUAUUGGAUAUGAGCUGGCAGCAAAUAAAACCAAGGACAGCUGCUGUCCGCCCUGUGUGCCUAAAGAUGUUUGUGUGUAUAAGAACACUGAGUACCAGCCGGGGGUUAACAUCCCCACAGAUCCCUGCAAGCAAUGUAACUGUGGAAUGGAUAAAGAUCCAAAUACAAAGUUUCAUACGGUUACUUGUGUCAAUCUAAACUGCACACCUUGUGCUGAGGGCUUCGAAGAGGUGAAGGUGGAAGGACAGUGUUGUCCACUGUGUAAGCAAAAUGCCUGCAUAUACGAUGCACCAAACAACACCAAACUAAUUAUCAAGGUUGGAGAAGUGCUCACGCAGAAAUGUGAGAGCAUUUCCUGCCAGCGAAUUAAUGACACGUUUGUGCCGGUGAAGGCAGUAAAAACCUGCCCUGAAUACAAUUCAAAUGAUUGUGUCCCUGGAACCGAGACAUCAGACGCGGAUGGAUGCUGCAAGACCUGUGAGCACAGUAACUGUGUUCGGGUGAGAAAUACUACCCAAAUCCAUGUGAAAGGCUGCACCUCCAUUGGGCCUAUAGAAGUGACUUUCUGCAGUGGCCACUGUGACAGCCAGUCAAUGUAUUCAAUGGAGGCUAACAAAAUGAUGCACAGCUGCUCUUGUUGCCGAGAGAGUAGAACCAGCACUAAACAAGUGAAGCUGAAGUGUCCCGAUAACAGCGAGAUCAUGUACAACUACAGCUACACUGAGAGCUGUGAAUGCACACCAACAAAGUGCAUAGACUAGAAUACUUCUCGCAUAAAAUGUCUUUCAGUUUUUGCCUUGAUUACUGUUGAUUUAAACAUUACCUGUUGAAUAAGAAAGCAAUUAUAAAAUCAAUGCAAGCCAUUGUAGUGCAUAAUUAACAAACUUUACUUUGGUGAAAAAUUCCACUACA